CGUUCAUGCAUGACCAUGGAGAGAUCUCAACCGCAGCACCAGCAGUCUCCUCCGUCGCCGUCGUCCUCCUCGUCCUGCGUCUCCGCGGACACCGUCCUCGUCCCUCCGGGAAAGAGGCGGCGGAGGGCGGCGACAGCCAAGGCCAAUAAGAGGGCCCGCAAGGACCCCUCUGAUCCUCCUCCCGCCGCCGGGAAGAGGAGCUCCGUAUACAGAGGAGUCACCAGGCACAGGUGGACGGGCAGGUUCGAGGCGCAUCUCUGGGACAAGCACUGCCUCGCCGCGCUCCACAACAAGAAGAAAGGCAGGCAAGUCUAUCUGGGGGCGUACGACGGCGAGGAGGCAGCGGCUCGUGCCUAUGACCUUGCAGCUCUCAAGUACUGGGGUCCUGAGGCUCUGCUCAACUUCCCUGUGGAGGAUUACUCCAGCGAGAUGCCGGAGAUGGAGGCAGCGUCCCGGGAGGAGUACCUGGCCUCCCUCCGCCGCAGGAGCAGCGGCUUCUCCAGGGGGGUCUCCAAGUACAGAGGCGUCGCCAGGCAUCACCACAACGGGAGAUGGGAGGCACGGAUCGGGCGAGUUUUAGGGAACAAGUACCUCUACUUGGGAACAUUCGACACUCAAGAAGAGGCAGCCAAGGCCUAUGAUCUUGCGGCCAUCGAAUACCGAGGUGCCAAUGCUGUAACCAACUUCGACAUCAGCUGCUACCUGGACCACCCACUGUUCCUGGCGCAGCUCCAGCAGGAGCAGCCACAGGUGGUGCCAGCGCUCGACCAAGAACCUCAGGCUGAUCAGAGAGAACCUGAAACCACAGCCCAAGAGCCUGUGUCAAGCCAAGCCAAGACACCGGCGGAUGACAAUGCAGAGCCUGAUGACAUCGCGGAGCCCCUCAUCACGGUCGACAACAGCGUCGAGGAGAGCUUAUGGAGUCCUUGCAUGGAUUAUGAGCUAGACACCAUGUCGAGAUCUAACUUUGGCAGCUCGAUCAACCUGAGCGAGUGGUUCACUGACGCAGACUUCGACAGCGACUUGGGAUGCCUGUUCGACGGGCGCUCUGCAGUUGAUGGAGGAAGCAAGGGUGGCGUAGGUGUGGCGGAUUUCAGUUUGUUUGAAGCAGGUGAUGGUCAGCUGAAGGAUGUUCUUUCGGAUAUGGAAGAGGGGAUACAACCUCCAACGAUAAUCAGUGUGUGCAAUUGAUUCUGAGACCUAUGCGUGGCGUGCGACAAGUGUCCUGUCUUUGGGUAUACUUGGUUUGUCCAAUGCCACGGUGCCACUGCUGCGAGUCAGCUGAACUUCUUGUAGAAAGCACAUGGCAGCUUGGCAUUAGACAAGUGUGUUGGUGUUCCUUAAUUCUUUGGAUAUGCUUUAGGCAUUGACUAACCUUAAGGGUUCGUCACUGUCUCGCUUAGCUUAGAUUAGACUAAUCACAUCCUUGAAUCUGAAGUAGUUGUGCAGUAUCACAGUUUCACAUGGCAAUUCUGCCAAUGCAGCAUAGAUUUGUUCGUUUGAACAGCUGUAACUGUAACCCUAUAGCUCCAGAUUAAGGAACAGUUUGUUUUUCAUCCAU